AUGAAUGUAAGAAAUAGCUUAGCCACAAACAUCACCGCGGUCUCAAACGUGGAGAAGUACAAGGACAUUGGCACAUCGAAAACCCAUCCUAUCAGGACAAGAAAUGGCGUCACAAACAACGAAAUCUGGAUCGAGGAGCCGACAGCAACACCGACAGCAAGGUCCAUCUUGUUUUUCACAGCCACCACCACCGCUGUGACGUGCUCAGCCGCGUUACCGACGAUCGGAAUCACAAUCAAACCAAUAAAGGUUUUCGAAAGACCCGAGCUCUCGACGAUAUCGUCGAUAGACGACACAAGGUAG